AUGAUGUCUCUCAGAACCCUGGCGCGCAGCGCGCCCCGCGCCACCGCCCGCCUCAGCCUGUCUGCCCUGCGCCUCCCAGCUGCCGCCUCGCGCACCGCCUCUCUCCUCAGAUCCUCUGCUGCUGCCGCCGCUCCCCUGCGGACAGCACAGAACACAGCAGCGGCCUUCUCCACGACGCCGCUGCGGUGGGCGCCCGCCGGCGAGGUCGACGAGGAGCUGUCCGCCAAGCUCGAGAGCGAGCUGCAGUUUGAGGGCGAGCUCAAGGAGGCCGAGCAGACCCCGGCCAGCGUAAAGGACUUCCUCGACAACAGCCCCUUCAAGCUCCAGGACACUCCUGGCAAAGAGGACGUCAUCCUAACCCGCCAGUUCGGCAACGAGACCAUCACCGUCACCUUCUCUAUCUCCGACCUCUCCAACUUCGAGCCCGACAUGUACAACGAGGACAGCGCUCUCGGCGACGAGGACCUGCCCCCGCACGAGCGCGAGGCCAUCGAGGCCGAAGAGGGCGCCGAGGGCGAGGGUGAGGAAGGCGAGACGCCCAUCCCGUGCCGCCUCAAUGUCGUGGUCGAAAAGGGCGCCGGCAAGGGCUGCCUCAACAUCGAGGCGAUCGCGCAGGACGGCCAGAUCAUGGUCGAGAACUUCUACUACUUCAAGGACCCCAAGAUUGCCCACUCGGCCGACGCCGACGCCGCCCACGCGGCCCAGGACGUCUACCCGGGCCCGCCCUUUGGCAGCCUGGACCAGGACCUCCAGGACCUCAUGGAGCGCUACCUCGAGGAGCGCGGCGUCAACCAGGCCCUCGCCCUCUUCGUGCCCGACUACAUGGACGUCAAGGAGCAGCGCGAGUACCAGGCCUGGCUCAAGGACGUCAAGAGCUUUGUCGACGAGUAA